AUGGGGCAGGCGAAUUCCACGUUCGAAAGGCCUCACUCGCCCCCCACCUCGCCCGUCGGCCGCUACAACUUCCCUCCGCCGCUCUUUCCGCCCUCCCCUUCCGCCGCGCUCCCCUCCCCGCGCCUGACCACUCCGCGCUCGUGGCAUCCGGACGUCGUGCGCGCGGUCUUCUCCGACAGCGACUGCGUGCACGACGCCGUGUCGGGUCUCUUAACUCAGUACGUCGAGAAAAUAGUAGGCGCCACGGAUGCCAACUACCGCGAUCCGGACUCCAUAGAAGCCAUAUUCCUAGGCGCUCCCGCUACCGGCGCUGGUGGCAGCGGCGAAGGCGGCGGCGAUGCCGGCGGAGGAGGCGGCGGCGGCGCCCACCAGGCACAUUCCGCGACCGCGGCGGAUGCGCCAGAACUCCCCGGACGACGUUCGUCCCCCUCCUCCCCCAAUAAUGGGGAACAUUCCGCCAAAUCCGCAGUAGAAACAGCUGCGGGGGAAGGGGUUGCUACAGCCGCUACAGCCGCCGCAACCGCUGCAAAUGCGUCACGCGCAGUUGCGAGCGAAUCCGUCGCGUCGCAGCAGCAGCAGCAGCCGGCGCUGCAUCCGCUGAAGCGGCUGUCCAGCCGGCGGCUCGUGGCGGCGCCCGUGGCGCGCGCGCGGGAGGCGGCGACGCGCGAGGCGCUGGAGCAGCUUGAAGGCGCGAUGCGACAGCUGGCGCGCGCGGAGUACGACUGGCUGGUGAGCAAGAUCGCGGAAGCUUCUGCGAUGGCGGCGGGGAAUAAGGAGGUGAGCAGCGCAAAUAACGGCGCGGGGGGCGGAGGGGGGGACGCUGGGGGAACGGGCGGAAGAAGCGGGCGGAGCAUUGCGGGGAUCGGGAGUAUUAGUCAACGGUUUACCCGAAGCACCAGCACUAGGUCCGGGUUUGGCCCGGCGAGCUCCCGAACCGGGAACGCAGGUUCGGUCCCCCCGCCUCACCCGUUCCCCCGAAGCUCAUCGCAGAAAGCUCCGAAACUUGGGCACAGUCGCUCGCUGUCGCUGGGGCAGGCGCUGUCGCACAAGCACUCGAGCGGCGGCGAAUCAGAGGCGCGCGCGAAGCCUGGCGAAAGUCGCACAGCGUCGCAGGGGCAUCUGGGGCUGGAGGCUGCGAAAGUGGAGGAAGUGUUCGUGGUGGGGCUGGCAAUGUGGGUCGAAUUCUGGAAGCAAUGGGCCAAACCUGCCAGCCAUGGCGCCGAAGCUGCUGCCUCGGCGCUAGGCUCGGGAUUAGGCUCGGCGGCGCAGGGGGGGAAGCUGGGUAGGGGUGCCGGGCAGUGGGGGCGGAAGGGCGCGGAAGGGGGGCUGCGGAGUCUGAAGAAGCGGAGGGAGAGGAUGAAGCGGAAGGAGGAGGGUGGUGGGGGGAAAGGGGGUGGUGCGGGGAAGGAUGGGGGAGUGUUGGGGAAGGAGGGAAAGGAGAGAGUUCUAGGGGGUAAUUCCGUGCUGGAGGUGCAAUUGGAUGGGUUAAGUUGCAAGAAACCCUUGGAAGAAGGGACGUUUUUCUCAGUUGACCUGGGGGAUGAGGAUGGAGAUAAGGCGGGGAGGGGGGAGGCGGUGGGGGGAAUGGAAAGUAUUGAUUUGACUAGUGGGCGGGGGGAGGGGAGGGGGAGAAGGGGCAGGCGGGGAGGAAGGGGAGGAAGGGGGGAACACGGGCAGGAUUCUGAAAGUUUCGUGGAAGUUUCUGGCGCUGAUAAUCGGGAAGGUGGGGGGCGGAAUGGGGAGGUGAGGGAGAGGGAUGGGAAGAAGGAGGUACGGCACAAGAGGCUUUGGCAGAAGAGACGACGACACAAGGCAGGAAAUGGAGGGGUGGGGAAUGGAGUGGCAGGAGUUGGUUCGGAUGCUCGGCUGUCUGUUAGUGAGUGCUCCGGCCCAGAACUAGGCACUGUAGCUGCUACUGCCACUGCCACUGCCAACCACUGUAAUGGGUCCCUCUAUGACGAGGAUUUCUCUAGUGACACUGUAAGGUUUGAUUUUGAAAAGCUUCCUAACGGAGCACUCUGUAACGAGGACAGCUGGAGCUCGGACAGCAAUGGGUCGAGCGACGAAAGCACUUACUACAAUCUCAACGAGUACGGCGCUUAUAACGAGUGCAGUGCUUAUAACGUGUUCGGAUCUUAUAACGAGUUCGGCGGCAGCUACAGCGCGAGCGGCAGCAGCGGCACGCCGUUCUCAGCGUGUGCCCCACACGGGGGGGCGUGUGGCGUCCACGUGGCAGAGGUAGAGGGCGACCUGAGGGCCGAGGCCGGGCGGCAACUGCAGGAGCAGCUGCUGGCGGAUCUGCUGGAUGGGCGGCAGGGCGCUCUGGGCGGCAAGCAGGGCGCAUGGGGGGAGGUGUUAUCUGGGGGCGGUGGUGCUGUGCUGGGGCUGGCAGCAGCAGCGUCUAACUGCCUGCCUGUGAGUGCGGCUGUAUUAAGACCGCCCACUGCCAGCGAGUAUCUAGAGGGGUUCGUGGAGGGAAUGGGGGGGGUCAACGGGGUGGUUGCAGGGAUGGAAGGUUAUGGAUUGGAGGGGUAUGGGAUGGGGGGGUAUGGGGGAGUUGCGACACCUACAGGGAGUGUGACAGUAAUGAAGGGGUUUCAGGAUGACGAGGAGAGUACAGGUGGCAAGGACACAAGAAGCAGCAGCAGUGCGUUAAACGGAUUCAACCCGUCUCUCUUCCAGCGCCAGCCGUCGUGGGGAGGGGGAAGGGGAAGCCCCGCGCCAUUCCAGCGCCAGCCGUCGUGGCAGGGGGGCAGUGCAGCGCCUUUCCAGCGCCAGCCGUCUAUCGGCUUUCGCAGCAAGAUCGGUGCCUUGUUCCUGGGGGACGAGCGGGGGGCAGCAGGGGAAGGUGCGGAGGAGGAGGGAGGCAUGGGGGAUCCGUCGAGGCUGUGGAGGAGGCACAGGACGAUAGGCUCGGGUGUGGGUCGGGCGGGCAGCAUGUCUGUCUCUAACGCCCCUGCUCCCAUGCGCCGCGCCACUGCUGGUGGAGGGGAGUUUGCUUCCUCUGCUUCUGUCUCCUCUGCUGUAGGCUUCUUUGGUCCAACGCGACUCACAGAGCUGGCAGAACUAGCGCUCGUUCGUUCCAUUCUCCAUGCCCCCACCACUGCUGCUAGGCCUGGCCUCGCUCCCACCCCUCCCAACACCUCUCCCCAUGCUCCCACCAAAGCCCCUACCACCACCCAGUCCAGUUCCUACUCGCACCGUCUGCGCCAGCUUGAUUCGCUCCUCACCACGCACGCGCUCGGCCCCGGGAUUCUCGCCCUCGUUUUGGCCGGGGAAGUUGCGGAACUACCCCAUUUAACCCAGGAGGACCUGUGGCUUUUAGCCGAUAGAGCAGACGAGAUGGGGUGUAUGGAGGCGGCUAUAAGAAUCUCUCUUAGGGCCGCCGCUGUUGCUUAUGAUGAUUUGGAUACUGUAGCAGAUACGGUUCGGGCGGCGAUGGUGCCUAAUGGGACGGAGCCCGUGCCGCAGCGGAUCCACCGGCUGCUCGGGGCGGCGCAUUUUGGACUGACGCACGCGCCGUCGGGCGGCGUGCGGUGGCAGUAUGCGAUGGCGUUCGGGGCGGCGUUUUUGGAGCCUCUGCGGGCGGCUGCUGCUGCCAGUGCUGCUGCUGAGGCGAGGAGUAGGGCUCUGGGGUGUGGCAGGGAGUGGGGCGGCGUGGGUGGGGGCCUUGGGGGAGGAGGGGUGGGAGGAGGGGGAGGAGGGGGAGGGAGCUGGGGGGCUAGAGGAGCAGCAGCAGGAGGAGCACUAAGAGCAGGAGGAGAGGCAGCAGGAGCAGGUGGGGCAGCGAGGAGAGGAGUGAGUUACCCAUGGGCAUAUGAACUAGCAAACGGGUUCCUGCAGCUGAGUCGCGUGUUCGGGGCACCACCCUCUCGUGAGGAGCAGGAGCGUGCGGGCGAGAUGAGCGCCCUGUGCGCGCGGUUCGUGCUUAGACUGGCCAUUGAGCCGCUGCUGGUGGUGGCAGAAGAGGAGGGGGAGGGGGAUGGGGAUGGGGAUGGGGAGGGGGUGGAGGGGGUGGAGAAAGGGGAGGAGAAAGGGGAGGAGAAAGGGGAGGAGAAAGGGGAGGAGAAAGGGGAGGAGAAAGGGGAGGAGAAAGAGGAGGAGAAAGGGGAGGAGAAAGAGGAAGAUAAAGCGGAGGAGGGGGUGGAGAGGGAAGGGGCCGAGGGGAAAGGGGCCGAGGGGGAGCGAAUGGAGGGGGAAGGGAUGGAGGUGGAAGGGGAAGGGGAGGGGGAUGGGGAAGGGGAAAAGGAGGGGGAAGGGGAGGGGAGUGAGGGGAAAGGGGCGGAAGGGAAAGGGGCGGAAGGGAAAGAGAACGGAACAGAAGGGAAGGGGGACGAAGAGGAAGGGGAGGAGGGGAGGAAGGGGGAGGUUGAGCGGGACGGCAAGACGGAGACGGGUAGAGAGGAAGAGGGGAAGGAACAGGAUGGUGAAGGUGAGGAUGCUUAUGUCUAUGCAGGGCAGUACUAUGGAAGCAGUGCUGGGAAGCGUGACAAGAGGAGUGUGAGACCGUUUCGCAGCAGGAGUGUGCAAUUGGGUGAUGAGAAGGGUGUGAGGCAGUGCGAUGGGAACACAGCGGCCGAGACGGGCGAGGGGCGUGCAGUGACGGGCGAGGGGCGUGCAGUGACGAGCUUGCAGGGAGUGCAUGCAGAGAGGGGCGAGGGGCGGGCGAUCACGAGCUUCUUUACAACCAAGGAAGGCGCACUCAAAGCGGUGCUGGAGCAAGGGGGUGUGCGUGAAGGGGCUGUGGAGGAGGGGGGUGCGAAGGAGGGGGCUGUGACUGGGCAAGGGGUUUUGAAGGGGUUGCUCGAAGGAGAGGAGACGGGCAGUAGGGGUGACAAGAAGAGUGAGGAGGGGAGUGAGGGGGAGGGGAUUGAUGGAGAGGUGUGCAAGGAGGGGAGUGAGGAGGAGGGGGAGGAAGAGGAGGAGGAGGAGCAGGGCGAGCCUAGCUUCUCAUUCGCCAAAACCUCCACCAUUCACUCACGCGACUCCUCCUCUCCCCAUCCACCACUGUCCCUCCCGCCCUUCACCGUUUUCCCUAAAUCCUCCUCCUCCUCCUCCGCAGCCUCUACCGCUCGCACCUCUACCUCUCUCGCCUCCUCCACCAAAACUGCCACCACAGCCGUUAGCCUUAGCACCACUACUGCCACCUCAUCCCGCCCUCCGCCUUUCUCCCUGCACACCCAAAACGGCCGCAUCGCUCCCCGACCCUCCCUGCUAGGCUCGGCGGUGGCAGAAGGCCCGGACGGCCUGCCGGCCGAGGCUGAUCGGGAGGCUCGGCAGCGGCAGGUUCGGGAGGCGGCGCUGGUCCGGUGGGCGGCGGAAGUGAGUUUCCCAGGCGUGGAGGUGGGGUGGGCGCAGUGGAAGGCGGUGGGGGGGCUGCUGGAGAGGGAAAGCGCACUGGCACACAAGGCACUGCCUGUCAUGUGGGGGAAAGCAGUGAAAGGAACGUUCAAGGCAGUGACGCCAGACGGGGCCAUCCCAGAGCAGCAGGUGCUGGAGGUGUUCGACUGGGGUGUUGAAUCGUGGCAAGAAGCACCUACCACCACUACCACCUCCUCCUCCUCCUCCUCCUCCUCCUCCUCCUCCUCCUCCUCCUCCUCCUCCUCCUCCUCCUCCUCCUCCUCCCCUUCCCCUCUCACCCCCUCCCUCCACCGCUCUCCCUCCUCCCUCGCCUCCGCCUGGGCCUGGAUCGAGCGCCUGAUCUCCACCGUCGAUCCGCGCGAGAAGGACAUCGGCGAUCUAAUCCUGGCCAUUGCAGCGCGCAUGGCGGCGCACAUCUAUUGGCGGUGGCCCAGGCGGAGGGACAAUGCACGCUACAUCGCCCGCUUGCUCCUUUAUGCUCACAAGCGCUUUGGCUGGCAGCAGGAGGGGCAGCAAGGGGGGCAGUGGGGGCAGUGGGGGGGGCAGUGGGGCCAGCAGGGGCAGCUGCGGAUGCGGGCGGUGAGGGUGAGUGAGCGGCUGUGGGGGUGGAGCCUUCCCGACGCUGCUUCUGUGCGAGAACAGUGCGAGACUGAAGAAGAGGCUCGAGAGAUCAUGGACAGUGCAAUGAUUGCAACGUGGACGGGCAUUGCGGCAUGA